AUGCUUUCCACAAAGCUUCACCAAGACCAUUGGGUGGUCUCCAUGCUGCUUGCGGUCAUCUAUUACGUCUUAUCUUCGGUCCUCAACUUCAAGCCCAUGGCGUUCAUGAGACUGUCGGAAAUCUCCGGAUUGGCUUCCCUGUAUUUUGUCUUCUUCCAACCCACCACUGAACUGGCCGACAAUUCCUACAAGCUUGCCGCUGGCGUUCACCUUCUGUGCCUCGGUGCAUACACGUCAGGAACAGGAAUCCCCCAGCUGAUCGGAGCCCGUCAUGCCUACCUCGUCCACUACUGGAUGGUCUACAACGUCCUUGGCUUUUUCGAGUCACUCAGACGACGCGCCCCUCAACGACGAUCCAACGCGUUCCACAGCGUCCUCAUGGGGUUCAACACAAAUCCCGGUCUUGGCUGCCUCACGAAGACCUUCGCCUUCAUCAUCUGCUCGGCUUUCUUCUUCGUCUUUGUGCUCGUGUCCUUCACGCUCACCGAGCUGCUCACCGGCGUUCAAAUUCGCCGUGACCCCCAUGGCAUCAGCGAACUGGUUAUUUUCGCCAUCCUUUCUAAGAUGGGGAUCAACAUCGCCGAAUUUAACCUCAAGCUUUGGAACCUCGAGCUAACCGGGCUACGAUAA